UUGGUGUAGUGAUAACAUUCUGGUUUUAUCUAUCAGAUAGAUAUAUUCCGAAAAUCGUUGGUCGUGCGGAGUAUAAGAAGAAGAAGAAUCAUCUUUUCAUCAAUUCUCGAAUCUCCAUAAUUCUUCUCAUCAUAAAUCAUAAUACUACCUUGACGAUGUCGCUUCCAAAAGUCUUGAUUCCCAUGUCGGAUUACGGUCAUGAUCCUACAGGUAGUUAACCCAUCUCGCGCAUCCAUAAUUAUCUAUAAAAUUUUAUAAAAUUCCCUAGCUGUAAAAUUAAAAGUCCAAUUUACUAAUCUCCUCAAAUCCAGAAACCGCAGUCCCGUAUCACACCUUCAAAACCGCAGGUUUCAGCGUGCAUUCCGCGACCGAAACUGGUGGACGCCCUGCAUGCGAUAUCAAAAUGCUCGAGGGAAUAACACAGAAAUUACUCGGUGCUACACAAGCCACCGCUUCCCUUUACAAGGAGAUGUCCCAAACGGAUGUAUUUACAUCGCCUCUUUCAUGGUCUUCGGAGUCGUUUUUCCUCAAGCCUUAUCAUCUGGUGUUUCUUCCUAAUAACAAUGAGAAAGGCGUGAGACAGUUAAUUGAUUCGGAUGUUAUGCUUAAACAUAUUGUUUAGUAUUGGAAGGGUGUAAAGAAGCCUGGGAAGAAAUGCAUAGGGGCUGUUUGUCAUGGGGUUAUGGUAUUAAGUGAGAGUAUGAUGGAGGGAAACGAUGGAGCGGAAAAGAAAAGUAUUAUUCAUGAUUGUGAUACGACGUCCUUACCGGGCAUGUUUGAGGGAAUGGCAUAUUGGAGUACGAGGUGGGUGUUGGGUGAUUAUUAUAAAACGUAUGGAGCGGGAAGUGAGAAUGUGGAGGCAUCGAUUAUGAAGAGGUUGGAUGAUCCUGAGAGGCAGUGGAAACAAUAUUUGCUGUUGAAUCCGUGGGUUUAUUUAUUUACUAGUAUUCUGUGAUAUAUAUGGAGACAAGCUAAUGAGUUACUAGAUUCGUGGUGGAAGAUGAGAAUUAUAAUUAUAUGAGCGCGAGAUGGCCUGGAGAUGUACAAUUGCUGGCAGAUAGGCUUGUUGAUUUGGUUAGGGAGAAUGUGAAUAAUUGAGUUGUGGCACUCGAGUCUGGAAUUUUACGUCCUGGAAGUUUCAUGUGUAAAUGUUGUUUGCUAAGAUUUCACCGACAUGGUUAAUUUUUAACGGCUUAUCAGGAGCUAUUAAUCUGUAGUGAGAAGAGAGAGUUCAUCGAAAACUAGCAU